AGUCCCGCAGGGGCCGUUCGAAGGGGCAGCUUCGGGCUGCGCGCGCCGCCCCGGGCUGCGAGUGCAAUGAGCGUGCCGGGUCUCAGCUCGGUCCCGGGGCGAGAGCAGCGCGGCCCUGCCACCCCCGGGGCUGCCGCUGCAGGUUUUCCUGUGUGGGCAACACCGGCCCGUGGUGCCGGGAGCGGGGCCUGGUGCAGCGCCGGGGCGGCGGGCCGCGGGGGCGGCGGGCAGGGGCCGGGCACGCGUGGCUGCGUGGCGGCGGCGGCGGCCUCCCCGCUCUCUGCCCACCUGCCCUGGCCUCGCGCGGCGCCGCCGUCGGCCCGUCCGGCGCAGGUGCCCGUCGGGGCCGCCGAUCCCCCGCGUCCGCCCCCGCGCGUCCCGCGGUGCCUGUCCGGGGACAUUACGCUUCCCCGGUCCACUCCCCCCGGCUGCCGGGCUGCCUGCCCUCCACGCAGGAGACGAGGGAUUUCACAACCCAGCCCAGGCAGGAUUAAAGAGAAAUACACAAGUAAACAAACAGCAGCCGCGACGCCGGCCGUGUGCGGGGACGGAGCCUCUGCCCGCGCCGGGCCGCGAUGCCCGCCGGGGGCCGGCCCCGCUCCGGGCCGUGCCGCGCCGCCGCGGCCCCGCCGGCAGAGCCGCUUUGAAGCAGCGCUGAGCAAUCUCGUUUUCCGCACGUCUCCUGUAGUCCAACUGCCCCUGUCAGAGGAAAGGAGUUGCUUCCUGUUGUUCCCAUUGAAAUCCUCGUCCCGGUCGUUAGCCGGCAGCCUUCUGCGGGAUGGCACCGCGCGCGCCGGUGGGCCCCGGCCGGCUCCCCGCCGGGCUGCUGCUGCUCUGCGCCGUCCUGGGGCGCGGGCUGAGCCCCGCGGGCGCCGAGGCGGAGGGCUUCGGCCAGGACGCGAGGACGAGCCUGCCCGCGGCCACCUUCAACUGGACGGUGCAGCUCGUGGAGGAGAUGUACGUCAACUUAACGCAGAAGUGCUGGGAGUCCUUCGUGGCGCUCAUGGGCAACGUGACGGCGCCGCAGCUCUGCGAGUGGAGGGUCAUCAGCAGGCCGUACAGCAAGCUGCAGGCCUGCCUGGAGGACUGGGCCGACCACCUGCGCUACGGCUACCCCAACGCGCUGGCGGAGCAGUACAUCUUCCAGAGCCACCACCACUACUUCCACAACUGCACGCUGCAGCACCAGGUCUUCGACCCCCCCGAGGACGUGCUGCUGGCCAUGAUCGUCGCCCCCAUCUGCCUCAUCCCCUUCCUCGUCACCCUCGUCAUCUGGCGCAGCAAGGACGGCAAGGCGCAGCCCUGAGCGCCCCCGGCCCGGCCCGGCCCCGGCAGCCCGGGCGCCAUGCGGACACGGGCUCCGCGGCCCCGGGGCCCCGCCGCGGCCUCCCUGCGGGCGAGCGGGGCCGCCAGCAGCACCGGCGGGCGACGGGCCGGGCCCCGCGGAGGGGACCCCGGGCUCCCACCGCGGGGUCUAGGGGCGGCGGGCGGCCGGCUCCCCCCUCGCCGCAGCACGCGCCCCCCGCACCCGCACCCGCGCUGCCUCGCCGCCCCCCGGGGCGCGCUGCAGCCCCCCGCCCGCCCCCCCGAGCAGCUGGAGAUUAAAGAGCUUCUUC